AUGCCUACCAAAAAAUCGAAACGACCUCCGAAGUCUGCGAAAGCAAAACGGCUCGAAAAUAUUCAAAAGAUUGAACAACUUGAACGGAAUGCUUUUGAAUAUGAACCUCCAGCCGACCUCAAGGCUUUCAAUGAUCUUCCUAUAUCCGACCUCACCAAGAGAGGGCUCAAACAUGCUUCAUUCACCACGAUGACCGAUAUACAAGCACAUAGUAUCCCUGUUUCUCUCAAAGGAAAGGAUGUGUUGGGUGCUGCACGUACAGGAAGCGGCAAGACACUUGCUUUUCUUGUCCCAGUACUUGAGAUACUUUACCGAAGGAAAUGGGGUCCUAUGGAUGGUUUGGGUGCUUUAAUCAUAUCUCCUACUCGCGAACUUGCUGUUCAAAUAUUCCAAGUCCUUCGGUCUAUCGGAGGAUACCAUUCAUUCUCUGCUGGACUUGUCAUUGGAGGAAAGAAUCUGAGAGAUGAAAGCGAUAGACUUUCGAGAAUGAACAUCCUAGUCGCUACACCGGGAAGACUUCUACAACAUAUGGACCAAACGUUUGGUUUCGAGUCGGACGGUUUACAACUUUUAGUACUGGAUGAAGCAGAUCGUAUUCUUGAUAUGGGUUUCCAACGUACUCUGUCAGCCCUUCUCACCCAUCUUCCCAAAUCUCGCCAGACCCUGUUAUUCUCCGCCACCCAAACCCGUUCCGUCAACGACCUCGCACGCCUCAGUCUCAACGACCCAGUGCCCAUCGGUGUGGACCCAGCAGACGAUCCAACCACACCUGUUGCCUCCUUAUCCUCCUCAUCUCUCACCACUCCCCAAAACCUGUCUCAACAUUAUCUCCUUUGCUCCUUACCCCAAAAAUUAUCCGUUCUCUUCUCCUUCAUCAAAUCCCACCUCCACUCCAAAACAAUCGUCUUCCUCUCCUCAUGCAAGCAAGUCCGUUUCGUCUUUGAAUCCUUCUGUCGUCUCCACCCAGGUAUCCCCCUCAUUCAUCUCCACGGCAAACAGAAACAAUCAGCUCGUUUAACGAUGUACGAGAAGUUCACGACGUCCAAGCAAGCUGUUCUUUUUGCCACUGAUAUCGCAGCCCGUGGGUUGGACUUUCCAGGUGUACAUUGGGUCCUACAGUUGGAUGCACCUGAAGAUGCCGAAACAUACGUUCACCGGGUGGGUCGAACGGCCAGGUAUGAAAGUAAAGGAAGUGCCCUUUUAUUUUUAUGUCCUAGCGAAGAGGAGGGCAUGUUGAAAGCGUUGAAACGAAAGGAGAUUCUUGUCAACAAGAUUAAAGCGAGGGAGAGUAAAACUCAGGAUAUAACCAAUCAACUGCAAAACCUGGCGUUCCAAGAUCCAGAACUCAAAUAUUUAGGACAACGAGCAUUCGUUUCCUACCUCAAGUCUAUCCAUUUGCACAAGGAUAAAUCGAUAUUCAAGCUUUCGGAGUUACCCAUUACCGAGUAUGCAGAGUCCCUUGGACUUCCUGGAGCGCCGAAAAUCAAAUUUUUGAAUGCGGCGAGGGAGAAAGAGAGGAAAUCUGCGGCAUUUAGAGACGAUGAUUCGAGUGACAGUGACUCGGACAAGGAACCGAAGCUCAAAGUUCGAACUAAAUAUGAUCGCAUGUUUGAACGCAAAAACCAAGACGUGCUUUCAGAGCAUUAUAACAAACUCAUAUCCGACCCAGCGGAAGACGAAGAAGACGAUUUCAUAACUCUCAAACGGGCUGAUCAUGACCUUUCCGGUGAUGAGAUAAACCAAAUCCGGAUGGAGAAUUUAUCACAAAACAAGAUGAAGUUGUCUAAUGCUAAACGGAAGAUGGUUUUGAAUGUACCUACCAAAGAAAAAAUCGUUUUUGGGGAAGAUGGAGUUGGAAAGGAAGCGGGUGUGGGUGAAGAUGGGGAGGCUUGGGUUGAGGGUAAGGGCGGUAUGGAGGGGGUUGAGAAGGAAGGGAAGAGAUAUGUUGAGAUAGAGAGGAUUAAGUUGAAGGAAGCCGAUGUUGUGGAUAAAUUAGAGGCCAAGGAGAAGAAAAGGGAGAAAAAGAGGAAGAGGAAGGAGAGGGAGAAGGGGAAGAUGGUCGACGACGAUGGUGCGGCUGUUCUUGACGUUGGAGAUGGCGUUGAAGACGAUCGUUACAUGUCGCCUGAAUUCGACUUGCCAGACGACGACGAUAGACCAACGAAACGACAGCGGCAAGCAGAGUUCUCGAACCUAGAUGAUGAUGAAGAACUUGCGAUGAAACUACUUCGCAAGAGUAGAUAG